CUGAAGCAACGACUUGCUCUAAAAGACGGAAGUUGUAGGCAACUGGAAAAUACAUGUUGGCUUGCUUUUGAACUGCGGGCUCUCUUUGGGAAGGAUGUCAGCUCAGUUUCUUCCAUCGUCCAAGCAGUGAUCUACCGAGGACCUACCAUGGUGAAACGAGUGACAGUCACUUAUGCGUUAUGGGCGAUGGCUGGACCAUUGGGCCUGCACCACUUAUACUUAGGAAGAGACAGCCAUGCCCUGCUGUGGAUGCUCACCUUCGGGGGCUUCGGUGUGGGCUGGUCUCGAGACUUCUACCGAAUCCCUGCCUACGUAUCCGAAGCUAACAAGCAGGCGGCAGGUGUGAGGAGAAGACCUGAGCCCCCUGCUAUGGGCCCAGUACGAUUGGCUGGGCAGGUCUGUGUCGGGAUCUACUUUGGCGUGGUGGCUCUCAUAGGCCUGAACACGCUCAGCUUCUUCUACCUGCUGGUCCUGCCGCUGUCGGUGGGUGCAGGAGUGCACCUGGUGUCCAGCGUGGGCCAGCAGACUUCAGAUCUCGGCAAGACGCUGACUGCCUGUGUGGUCACCUCCCCUAUCUUUUAUGGCAGCAGCCUGUCUCCUCUGCCUAUCAGUCUGGCUGCCAGCUACGCAGCAGCCCAGCACCGCAAGUUCAAACCCCCUCAGUCACCUGAGAGUCAGAAACUAGUGCCACGGUUGACCCGGCUGGCUUUGGCCUGGCUGGCCUUCUCCGCUCCUCUGGGAUACUGUAUAUUCCACAACACCACCGCUACGCUCUACUACAUCUCAGACUGUUUGGCAGCCCUGCUGGAUGUGUUCUGGUUCUUUCCCUGGCUGCGAGGUGUGGUGGAGUACCUCCUACUGAUACCCUACAGGAUGCUGUGCUUCUUCACGGGAGGGGGAUAUACUGAGGAGGCCUGGAAGAAGGUGCUAGAAAUACUCCUCAGGGAGUACAGUCAGCAAGAGAGAGAGGCAUUAACGGUUUUGUCGUUGACCGAGCAGGCGUCUCUGGAGGACAUCACACACAGCUACAGGGAGCUGGUGAAGGUGUGGCAUCCAGACCACAACCCCAGCCAGGCGGCCCAAGCAGAGGAGAUGUUCCUAAAGAUCCAGGAAGCUUACGAGAUUCUGUUCCGAAGGCACAAGUUUGAUCGACACAAGUGACUCACCCUCAACGCACACUGACCCUUCAGUGGUCAUCACACCAAAAUCAGUUUCACAUUGUGGAGAUGUCAUUUCAUCAGUUUGUCAAUAGUUUUAAAAUGCCAUCAGAUUCCAAUUAUUCCAAGGCUUUGUACU